AUGUCUUACAAUUCCAAAAGCGAUGAGAAAGGUGAUGUCUUUGAAGUGGUCGAUUAUGAUCAAGGCAAGAUUACUUCACUUUCUGAGGAUGGAAAGAAGUCAAAAUGGCAGAAAAUAUUAGAAUUCUUUGAAGUCGACCACGAGGAAAUGAAAGGAUUGAGUCCGGUUCAGAUGUUCUUGUAUAACUAUGAUUUGCGUCCUGUUGAAGAGGAAAGAAGAAAAUGGUCUUGGUAUAAUUUUGUAAACUUUUGGAUUGCCGAUUCAUUUAAUGUUAAUACUUGGCAAAUUGCCAGUACAGGUGUAACUGCAGGUAUGACCUGGUGGCAGACAUGGCUUUCUGUAUGGCUUGGAUAUUUCUUGACGGGUUUGUUUGUAUCACUAGGAGCUCGUGUUGGUAUCUAUAACCAUAUUUCAUUCCCUGUUGCUAUUCGUUCUUCUUUUGGUAUUUUUGGUUCUCUUUGGCCAAUCUUAAAUCGUGUGGUUAUGAGUUGUGUAUGGUAUUCAGUUCAAGCUUGGAUAGGAGGUGAGUGUGUUCGAUUAAUGUUGAUGUCCAUUUUUGGAUAUAACUUAAAUGAUAGAAUGCUGACUUUUCCGGACAAAUCAACUGAUACAUUAGGAUAUUUGUCUUUCUUCCUCUUCUGGCUCUUUUCUUUACCUGCAAUAUGGUUUCCCCCUCAUCAAAUUCGUCACUUGUUCACAUUCAAGUCUUAUGUGGUUCCAAUAGCUGGAUUUGGGUUCCUCAUAUGGACUUUGGUAAAAGCAAAUGGGGCAGGAUCAGUUAUCAGAGAGAAAGGUAAACUUCAUGGAUCUGCACUUGCAUGGGCAUUUAUUGAAUCAUCAAUGAAUUCAAUGGCGAAUUUCGCAACUUUAAUAACUAAUGCACCAGAUUUCUCGAGAUUCGCAGACAAGCCAUCCAGAGCGAUCAAAUAUUGGGUGUAUAUUGCAUCCAUUCCAAUUUGUUUUUCGAUCACUUGUUUAAUUGGAAUAUUAGUCAGUUCUGCUUCUGGUGUGAUAUAUACCAAAGAAACUAUGUGGUCCCCGUUAGAUGUUUUACAAGAGUUUCUUUCGAGCUAUACAAGAGGAAAUAGAGGUGGUGUAUUUUUAAUAAGUCUUUGUUUUGCCUUAGCUCAACUAGGUACGAACAUAUCUGCCAAUUCUUUGUCGUUUGGUACCGACGUGACUGCAAUGCUUCCAAGAUUUAUGAACAUAAGAAGAGGCGGAUUCCUUUGUGCAGCCCUUGCCUUAUGUAUAUGUCCGUGGAGGUUGAUGGAAUCAUCGUCUAAAUUUACAACAGUUUUAUCUGCUUACGCAGUGUUUUUGUCUUCGAUUUGUGGGGUAUCAGCUUGUGACUAUUACAUCUUAAGAAGAGGAUACAUCAAUCUCCCACAUUUAUAUACUUUGAAAGUCGCUUCUGAAGAUGGGAAAGGCAGCAUAGAUUCCUACUAUAAGUACAAUUUCACCGGAUGCAAUUGGAGGGCUUAUUUUGCAUAUAUUAGCGGUAUAUUACCAAAUAUUGUUGGUUUCGUUGGAGCCACAGGAUAUAAUGUUCCCAUCGGUGCCCAAGAGGUCUAUCGCUUAAGUUUCCCCGUAGGAUUCGGUACAUCGUUCUUGAUAUAUUAUAUCUUAUGCGUUUAUGUCAGCCCCGUAACUUAUGGAGUUCCCCCCGAUGUCAAGAAGUUCGGAAAAUCGUGGUAUGAGGAAUGGAAGAAUGUUGAGUCAUUUGACCAAGAGUUAAUCGAUAAUUCACCAUAUCUGUUAGAAGCAGUUAGAAGUGCUGAGGGAGUAAAAGCCUCAAAAUCACACGAGAAUGAUAUGGGUAAUAUGAUCAAACCUAUCACAAGUCUUGCCCCCUCUAUUUAG